CGUCACCCCCUAAUUUACCACAGCUACAUGGUUUGUCCCACCCAGCUGCUACCAGUUUAUGGUUCAUUCCAGGCACACCCUAUCUAAAUGAGGAUGGUUUGCCCCGUCUUUUGAGAACUUUAUACCUAUAUAGGACUGCAUCAGGAGAAAGAGGACGCCAGCAUAUAACAUCAGUCUGUUAUCCGGGAUUGUCAUUUCACAACUCUCAGGUCGUGCAGAGCAGGCAGGCCUGGCCAAUGGAGCGGUGCGCCUGCGUGGAGAGGGAGCUGGACAAAGUGCUGCAGAAGUUCCUUUGCUACGGCCAGCAUUGCGAGCGAGGCCUGGAGGAGCUGCUGGUUUACGUCAGCCAAUUGAGGGCGGAGCUGAGCACUGCAGCCUUACAACGGACACCACUAUCUGCCACGCUGUCCCUGGUAAUGUCCCAGUGUUGUAAGAAGAUCAAGGACACUGUGCAGAAUCUAGCUUCAGAUCACAAAGACAUUCAUAGCAGCAUUUCUCGGGUGGGCAAGGCAAUUGACCGAAAUUUUGAUGCAGAUUUGUGUGGCAUUGUUCCUGCAAUGGUCUGGGAAUCCCAAGAGAAGCAGAUCCUGGUAUUGGCCAUUAUAGAACACCUUUAUCAACAAGGGAUGCUUGGAGUGGCUGAGGAGCUGUGUCAGGAGUCCACCAUGAAUGUAGAUAUAGAUUUCAAAAAGCCAUUUCUUGAACUUAACAGCAUACUAGAAGCUCUACACAAACAAGACCUGGAUCCAGCCUUGAGUUGGGCAAUCUUCCACAGACAGCAGCUGGCAGAACUGAACAGCUCUCUGGAGUUCCGGCUACAUCGGCUCCACUUCAUCAGGCUUCUUGCUGGUGGCCCAGGCAAGGAGCUAGAGGCCCUGAGCUAUGCACGCCAUUUCCAGCCUUUUGCUCACCUACACCAGCAAGAGAUUCAGGUGAUGAUGGGCAGUCUGGUAUACCUACGCCUGGGCCUAAAGAACUCUCCAUAUAGGCACCUGCUUGAUGACAGCCACUGGACUGAGAUUUGUGAGACUUUCACUCGUGAUGCCUGUGCCCUAUUGGGCCUCUCAGUGGAGUCUCCCCUGAGUGUCAGCUUUGCUGCAGGUUGUGUAGCACUACCAGUGCUGAUGAACAUCAAGGCUGUAAUUGAGCAGAGACAGUGCACAGGUGUCUGGAGCCACAAGGAUGAGCUACCUAUUGAGAUUGAGUUGGGGAUGAAGUGCUGGUAUCAUUCAGUCUUUGCGUGCCCUAUCUUGCGACAGCAGACAACAGAUUCCAACCCACCCAUUAAGCUCAUCUGUGGACAUGUUAUCUCUCGAGAUGCUCUCAACAAACUCAUCAAUGGAGGGAAGCUGAAAUGUCCAUAUUGCCCUAUGGAACAAAACCCAGCUGAUGGGAAACGCCUCAUCUUUUGAUAAUGACAUGUCUUGGAGGUGCUGUUGGGGAAAUGGACAGUGGGAAUAAGCACCUUUGGGGACAGGGCUUGAUAGGGAAGUCUUAUGUGCCUGCAGGAGUUCAUGUUGGCCUGCUGCACUAACUGCUGUAGUCCUAAAAGUUGCUGCUUGCUCAGUGAGGCAGAACAGCAGCUUCCUAGGUCAGAGGAAGAGUGGUUUCUUUAUGGGUGCUGUAAACUAUGACAACUCAUUGUGUACACAUGGCACCGUUUUUUCCACUCCUAGGCGUCUUCAUGGAGGGCUUAGCUGAACAGCCAGCUGCUUCCUACCAAGAUAUUCUGCCCUUUUCCCAUGCACCGAUCUAUUCGCAUUGGGGUUAGUUCAACAAUGAAUUGAUGAAGAGCUGCUUCUGUCACAUACCUUAGAAAUAAACCUCUGUCAUCUUGUUUUGAUCAGUAAGGAGAAAAGUUGUAUGCUUUUUUUAAAAAACUGAGGCCUAAAACCUCUUAAGUUAAAAGACAUUUUAAAAACUUUCCUAAGAAGAUCAGUACUAAGUUCUAAAGUACAUGGCAGAGGAGAAAAGAGCAACAACUGAGACACUAACAAAGAUGAUCUCUGUGAAACUUUUGAGCAUGGCAAUUGGCCCAAAGUGCAGCCUUUUGGCCUAGAUGUGAAGGGUACAUUGUUACUGAAUGCCUCCUGCUAUCUAACUCUUUGCAUAUAGAUAAGAGCAAGAAAACUGUUAAGGAUGGGUCUCGUACCUGCUGAUAAUACAUAUUUAGAACUCACCUUGUAUAUUUCAAUAAAUGUAGAAACCCUCUUGUGAUGGUCUCCUGUUUAUACUAAUUAUAAAGGAUGGGAGACCAACACAAAGGGGUUUCUACCUUUACUGAAAGGUAUGAGUUGGCUUCUAACUAUGUAUUAUCAGCAGGUAUGAAACCCUUCCUUAGUUUUCCUGCUCUUACGUAAGUGCAAGGAAUUUCAUAACAGAAGGAAGAACUACAGGAUGUGAAAUCUGGUGUAGCAGUCACUAGAAUACUUAAUUUAAUGGAUAUAUGAAAGAUAAAAAGCAAUCCUUUCCUUCUCAUAAUGAAUUAUGUCAGCAAUUCAAUUCCAAGUAAUUCUGUAGCUUAACAGAAAAAAACAUUUGAAGCAACGAUAAAAAGGCUCAGUAGUGUGUUAAUUUGUAUAUAGACAAAAGUGGAAGAGGCCUUUUAACCUCAUCUAGAGGUAGAAUGCUGAUAGCACAUUGUUUUGUGAAACUCUCUUUAAGAACUGGGCAAAAUGCUGGAACCACUGACAGAAGCAUUGGCAGUAGUAGACACCUUCAUCUGCCACUUGCCUGGGAAAAUGCUUGAUGUGAUAGUUUUAUAAAAUAGGACUCCAGAGCUGGGCCUGUCUGGAGAAAACCGCUAAUAGGACAGUACAUACAAAUACUUUAGAAAGGAUCCCACAGACAAGAGCCAAGCUGUUUAACUUAAAAACAGUCAUGAUUAUGUGAGAGCCAGUUCCUACAAACUACACAGCUAUAGCUGUGGGAAAGAUUACUCACGACAGGCCUUGAGAAGGAUAUAUUUACCAAGGGUAUUGUAUGGUUUUUCUGACAUUUGAGUUGUGGCCUGUUGAUUUUACAGAGUUUUGUCCCACUGCAUGUAAUCUUAAGAUUAUUGUUUUUUCCUUCUACCUUCUGUUUGGGACACCCUAACUGCCACACCUACAGAAGGAUGGCAAAGAAAACAUCUAAAUAAACUUCUUUUCAAAUUGA